CAGCACUUUAUUCCAACUGUUUCCUCUCCAGGCGAAGGAAUCAAAGCUGGCAAAGCUCAUAUAUUCCCCCUUUCUCCCCCACUUUUUUUCGAUUUCUGAAAAAGAAAGCACUUUUAUGGAAUAAAGUGACACCUUAGUAGUGUUUAGGUGUAGUUAGGCCAAGCUAGAUACUCAAGUAAAGAAAUUCACAUUAUUUACAAAUUCAAUCUCCCAAUUUUUUCAAUAACUCAAAAAUAUUUUGUUAUUGAAUUAUGAUUCUAUGAAUUUGUCAGUUAUCUUUUGUUGUUGUUAAAUAUUAAGUUACCAAUUAUGUGAGUUGAAAUGUAGAAAUGUUGUAAACUGCUAUUUUGUUUAUUCGUAGUAUAGUACAAACUGCUGCUUUGACUAUAUCCUGACACUCGCCUUACAUCUAUCGUCUUCUUCGACCUUGAUUUCGGGUAAUAUGUUUGAUCGUCAUUUCAAACUAAUUAUUUUAAACUACAAUAUCUUUAAGUAAUUAGUUUGGCCAUCUAAUUUCUGGUGUGUUAGUUUACCUUCACCUAAUUAAAAAAAAAAAUACCUAUCAGCUGGAAUUUUUUUAUUCUGAUUCUUCCGGCACCCCACUUGGUUAAUCCGUCACAAUCCGGCGAACCUUCUUUUAUAGGUCAGUUGUCUUUUCAACAAAGGUCCCAUUUCCACUGUUUCCACAUUUCUAUCUUUACCUUAGCUGAGUGGGCUUCCUCCUAACGCACUUUGUCUCCCCUGUUUUUCCUCCCUCAAACCCCCGAUUUGACCCUCCCGCCGGAGAUCGUCAAUAAUGGCUUCCACGCUUCUGAUCGUCGCCGUGUUCGUCCUCGAUCUCAUCGCUUUCUCUCUCGCCGUCGCCGCAGAACGGAGGCGCAACACCGGGAGGGUGGAGGCGGAUGUGAACAACAACGGGUACUGCGUUUACGAGUCGGAUAUAGCGACCGGGUUAGGCGCCGGCGCGUUGGUGAUGCUGCUGGCGAGUCAGCUCUUGAUCAUGGCGGUGACUCGGUGCUUGUGCUGCGGGAGAGCUAUGAGGCCCAGCAAGUCCAGGUCUUUGGCCAUUUUCCUCUUCGUUACCACCUGGGUGUUCUUCAUCAUCGCGGAGGUGUGCCUCUUGGCUGCCGCAAUCCGCAACGCCAAGCACACGGGAUACCUGACCGAUUCCUUCUCUUGCAAGGCGUUGAGGAAAGGGAUUUUCGGCGCCGGAGCUGCUUUCAUUCUUUUCACCGGGAUCGCGUCGGAGUUCUACUACAUCCACCAUUCCAAGGCUAGCGACGGCAUGCCUUCCCUCGCUGGAGACGCCGGCGUCACCAUGGGACGGCUGUAGUAAAAAAGAAAAAAAGUACUCAUAACUCAUGUGAUCUUGGAGAAGAGGGCGAGGUGAGGUUUCAUUUCCAGACCUUGUACAAAGAGAUACAUUCUUUACAGGAUUUGCAGUCGGCAAAUUGUUUGUUGAUAGAAACUUGGGUUGUUGUCCCUGAAACUGAAGUUAGCUUAUGUAUGAAUGCAAUGAGGUUGGUCUCUUUCAAGCUGAAUCUCCCUAAUCGCCAGGUAGAAAGUGUUUCGUCGAGAAACCAACCCAAACAAGAAGUUUUGUAUCCAUUGUUCAGUUCCAAUCCGGCUAUGGUGCUAACACAUAGACUUGUGAGUCGUCAGACUAUAUGCGGGAAAGAUGUGACGGUUCGCAACUCCUAAUAGCACCAUAGUCAAAAUUGCUUCGUUUCAGGACCCUCAAGUCAUUCGAAUUUUCGUAUAAGAGAUGGAACAACUUUUCACUUUGUCGGCGUGUAGGUAGUCCUACCAAUCUCUACUGCAUCCCUGAGUGUUGCAUGUCACGAGGAUGGAAGGAAUGACCCAUCAGUGGACACAGUGACGUUACACGCUUUCUCUAUCAAAAACUACCUCAUGGACUUGAAUUAAGUUUUCACACGUCUACGAUACCAUGCGUGUGUAAAUCAACCGUGGCGGCGGAGUCAGGUUAUAUCAUUCCGGGUUUAGCAACACACAUGACUUCUCCUUCCUCCAAGAACUCUUCUUGCCACCCACCACCCUAUGAAUUCAAGCUAGGAAGCCAACCACCAGGUGCAAAAGAAGAGAAAUAAUUGAUGGCCUGCAGGGCAGCCAAACCAGUCAUGGGGAUCAUCAGUUUGCUUCUUGGCCGGCCAUGAACGAAGGAGAAAAUGGAAGUGGUUUCAUUUCCUAGCUAGGGUACGUAGGGAGACAAAUGGGUGGGUUUCUUUCCUUCAAUUCAUUGUGACUUAGAUAGAAUUGGACACUUGUGGAGUCACUAGUCAGCCUCUGUACUCUGUUUAUGGUACCAUUAGACCGCCGACCUAGAAGGGAACUUAGGCCUCUCAUCGUCACUCUGCAGUGUGAUUUGAUGCGCCCUUUUGUCAUUUGGCCCCUGAUUCCUGAACUUCUCUUUCCCUAAUUUGUCAACUCGUUUCACUAUAUACAGAUGGAAAAGACCUCCAUAUUCAACUCUGCAAUGGAGCAUCCGUUUGAAAAAAAGUUCACAAUGGAA